AUGCAGCAGGAUAAGCGUAGUGGGGCUGGGAGUGGGGGCGGGCCAGCGCAGGUUCUGCCUCCUUCGCUGCCUUCAUUCUGGGCGCCUUGGAAGAGGAGGCGAGCUGAGCCUGGCCUGGCAGUAGGAGUGGCUUUCUGGAGUUUUGUUGGUGGCCCUAGGCAGGUAAUCGGGACUUUGCCUCGUGAAGGGACCAACAUGGCGGUCACGACGUUGUCGUCCCGCAGCGCUUCUGGAAGCCGAGUUCUGGCAGCCGGCCUCUUUCGCAGCCGCGUGGCCAUCGUGACCGGCGGAGGCACCGGCAUCGGCAAGGCUAUCGCCGCCGACCUUCUGCACCUCGGUUGCAAUGUAGUCAUUGCAUCUCGCAAACUUGACAGAUUGACAGCUGCAGCAAAAGAGCUAGCUGCUAAAAAUCUAUCCCCUGAGUCCGCCAGAGUGACCCCAAUACAGUGCAACAUUCGCAAAGAAGAGGAGGUAGAUGCACUGGUGAAAUCAACAUUGGAUCUUCAUGGUAGGAUAGAUUUCUUGGUAAAUAAUGGAGGAGGCCAGUUUCCUAGUCCAGCAGAAGCGAUCAGUUCAAAAGGGUGGCAUGCCGUGAUUGAAACGAACCUGACUGGAACCUUCUAUUGUUGUAAAGCAGUAUACAAUGCUUGGAUGCGGGAUCAUGGAGGUGCCAUUGUCAACAUUGUAGCAGAUAUGUGGAAAGGGUUUCCUGGAAUGUCGCACAGUGGUGCAGCAAGAGCUGCUGUUGAUAAUUUAACCAAAAGCUUUGCCAUUGAAUGGGCCCAGAGUGGAGUGAGAAUUAACUCCAUUGCCCCGGGAGUAAUCUUUUCAGAAACAGCUGUUGCACACUACAAAGAAAAUGGUGAAACGUUGUUUAAGAACUACAUUUCAAAGAUUCCUGCAAAAAGACUAGGAGUUCCUGAAGAGGUAUCUCCCUUGGUGUGUUUCCUGCUCUCUCCGGGAGCCUCCUUUAUAACCGGGGAAACUGUGAAGGUUGAUGGUGGACAGAGCUUAUACUCUUCUUCCUGGGAAGUUGCAGAGCAUAACAGAUGGCCACCUGCUCCAGAGGGAGAGAAUUCUAAAGCACUUGGGAAGAUGCUUUCUAGAAAAACUUGGUCAAAACUGUAAAAUAAAGCAAUGAGGUUUUCCUCCGCUCCUCAUUAGCAAGGGAAUAUUCCUGUUAGUAAGUCACCCCAGUCUACAGAACUUCAAUACCUCAAAGGCAUUUUUACAAUCUUUGUAAAGUUGUAUUUUUCUAUAAUUAUGCUAUGAGAGAACUCUAUCAAAGAAAUCUUCACAGAAACAGCCUUUUGUCUGUUUGUGCCGUGUACUUUUGGUAGGGAAGGAAAAUUGUAAAAUCUGUCAGUAUUGCUUCCUAUGACCCCUUCUUGCAACAUGAUUGCACUGUCUGUGUAUGAACAUGACACUGAAUUGAAUGAGAUCCAUCAAAGUUGUAGUCAUGAUCUGACCUUUUUUGUAUUUUGUAUUGAUUACCAUGCAUGCCAGAGCUAAAGACAAUGGGUUGGAGCCUAUGAGUUCUUCCACUGUUGGAUCCUGUGACUCUCUUUCACUAAGUCUUCCUUCACCAGAAAUAAACUUCCCACAAUUGAUAUCUUUCUAGGCUGGAUGAAAACUUAAGAGAAUCUUAAUAUCCAGCUUACUGGGAGUUGUAUAGUCUAUGGAAUAGAAUUUCCCUACUACUACCAGCUACAGCCCACUGUUCUCCCUGCAGUGCUGCUCCUGUAAGAUGGGGGACCUUAGGACUAGCAUAGGGUGUAACUCAGCGAGAGGGAUUUGAGUGAGGGGGGAAUUGGUGAACCCUCCCAUCUGCUUGUGGAAAUGUUCCAGGUGCAGAAGACACAUGUGGAUCAAUCGCAGUUGUAGUGUAAACAGGUUGGUCGUACUUAAUUGUUGUAAAUAGCAUGGGAACCAACUACACCGAGACCAUUUUAAUUUAGGCUCCACAUAAAAAGAUAGUCUUGUAUUCAUGGGAAAUUAUUAUAAGCUUCCUUUUAGCAGCUGUUCUUAGAUGAUGUGUGUUUAAAUGUCCUGUUCCCCUACAAGGAUAGCACUCUUUGUUCAGCUCAUUUUUGCUAAAUCUGUAAUCACUGAUUUAACACUAGUGACUAAAGAAAUAAACUUUUAAGAAACUGA